UUAAUAGCAAUGAUCACAACACAAGCAGCGUCAACCUUUCUCUUGCAAGCCUCUGUUUUCGAUCAGCUUCCGUUUCAAAAAGAAUGGCUGAAUCACUUGUUUCUAUUGUCUUGCAGCAGUUACUUUCAAUCACUGAACGACAGGCAGAACAUGAGUUGAAACUUGUCACUGGGGUUGAUGGAGAAGUUGACAAGCUCACCGGUAAUCUCCUUGCAAUCAAAGCGGUGCUUGAAAAUGCAGACAAGCGACAGGUGAAUGACCCUGGUGUGAAGCUUUGGUUGGGUAAGCUGAAAGACGUUUCUUACGACAUUGAUGAUGUUUUGGAUGAGUGGAACACCGCACUUCUCAAACGACAGAUUGAGCAAGCUGAAGGAACAAGAGUUAGAGAUGCCCCUCUUCUGAAGAAGGUAUGGCCGUCUUUCACUCUUUCCUCUUGUUUUUGUCUCCGCCAAGUUGUUUUGCGGCACGAAAUCGCUCUCAAGAUUGAAGAACUAAAUCAAAGGUUGGCUGCUAUUGCCAAUGAAAGAAGCCAAUACAAUUUCACAUCGGAGAUCAGGGCAAGUCAUGAACAAAGAACAAUAACAACGUCUGUCAUUGCUGAGUCAGAGGUGUUUGUUAGAGAAGAAGAUAAGAAAGCAAUAAAAGACAUGUUGUGUGAGGACAGUGAAGAAACAACUACUAAUCUCCGCAUCAUCUCUGUUGUAGGGAUGGGAGGAAUAGGGAAAACCACCCUUACACGAUUGGUUUUCAAUGAUGCUGAAAUUGAAAGCCAUUUUGAGAAGAGAAUUUGGGUUUGUGUUUCAGACCUUUUUGAAGAGGAAAGGAUUGCUAUAGAAAUCCUUGAAUCUUUAACUGGUAGCAAACCAAAUUUAGUUGGAAGGGACAACAUACUGCAACAGAUUAGUGAGUUUGUUUCUGGAAAGAAAAUCCUUCUAGUCCUAGAUGAUGUAUGGAACGAGGAUCCUUGUAAAUGGGAACAGCUGAAAGGCUCCCUCAAAAAUACUUCCCGUGGAAGUAGGAUUUUGGCAACUACCCGUAAAGAAACGGCUGGAAACGCUGUGGGAAGCAGAAGAACAGACAUGUUUUUUUUAGGAGAGCUGUCUGCUGAGAAGUGCUGGUCGUUGUUUUGUCAUCUAGCCUUUUUUGACAGGGCAACAGAGGAGAGCAACAAAUUAGAAGAUUUUGGAAGGAAAUUUGUGGAAAGAUGCAGAGGGUUGCCUCUUGCUGUGAAGACUAUCGGUUGUCUUCUACGCUUCAAAACUGAAAAGCAGUGGAAAAGCAUCUUAGAGAGUCAGAUGUGGGAGAUUGAAGAGGUUGAAAAAGGUGUUUUUCCUCCACUUUUAUUAAGCUAUUAUGAUUUGAAACCUGUUUUAAGACAAUGUUUUUCAUAUUGUGCUAUUUUCCCAAAAGAUUAUCGGAUUCGAAAGGAUAAAUUGAUCAAGCUAUGGAUGGCACAAGGUUUUCUUGAAGAAACACGAAAUGAAGGUAUGGAGAUUAUUGGUGAAGAAUAUUUUAAUAAAUUAGCUAUGCUUUCAUUCUUUCAAGAUUUCACAAAAAAUGAAAACGGUGGCAUAAUUCGUUGCAAAAUGCAUGAUAUAGUGCACGAUUUUGCUCAGUUCUUGACAAAAGGAGAAUGUUUGUUCGUAGAGAUGAAUGGUGUGCAAGAACCAUGGACAGGUCCCGCUAUUAAAACUAUUCGUCAUUCAAUGUUGAAGUUUGAAACAGAGGACACAUCGCCUAUCCCAAUUGAUAAUUGGAAAAAACUGCGUAGUCUAUUGAUCGAGUCUAAGGGCAAUUUUUCUGGAGAUUCAAACUGUACAGAGUAUUUAUUGAUAGAUUCAAUUGAUCAAUUGACAUGUCUAAGGGCGUUAGAUUUGGGUGCGCACCCAUUUUUCCCGCCAGUGAGAAUAAUUUCUGAUAAAAUAGGAAAAUUGAUACAUUUAAGGUAUCUUAAUUUAUCAGGAAUUAGGUAUUCAAAAAUACCUGAAGCCUUAUGUGAAUUAUACAAUUUACAAACAUUGGACAUCCGUUAUUGUAGAGAUCUCAAAGAAUUGCCGCUUGGAAUUGGAAAACUAAUCAACUUGACGUAUCUUGAGAAUGAGGGUACACCUUUGAGUUUUAUGCCAAAAGGAAUGCUGAGAUUGAGGCGUUUGCUGAAGUUGGAUGUGUUUGCAGUAAGAAAAAGAGGUGUUGUGGAGAGUAAAUCAUGUAGCCUUGAAGGUUUGGGAAAGUUUACUCAUCUUCAAGGGAAUCUGACAAUACAAUUUUGUGCCAUUGGGGCAAGGGAAGCAGCACCACUCUCGGCUAUGACUGGCCUUCGCCAGUUGACUCUAGACUUUGAUUCCAAUGACGCGCAGGAUGAAGCAUUUUUCCUCCAAGCCUUACGACCACCUCCAAACCUGGAAAGCUUAUAUAUUUCGCGUCUUGAAGCUCCCAUCUUGUUUUGUAAUUGGAUGAUGCCAUUGACGAUGCUGAAGAGUGUUAAAUUAGGUAGUUUUGGAAACUGCGAAAGUUUGCCUCCCAUGGGGAAGUUACCAUUCCUUGAAUCUCUACACAUAGAUAAUAUGCAUAAAGUGAAAAAAGUGGGAGAAGAAUUUUUGGGGAUAGAAAGAGCAGGGGGACAAAUUACUUCGUCAUCAUCAUCAUCAUCAUUAUCAACAUCCUCAUAUAUUGCUUUCCCCAAUUUGAAAAGUCUAAAGUUUUUGUACUUCGGAGAGUGGGAAGAGUGGGAAGAGUGGGAAUAUGGGAACCUAUCCACAACCAGUGGAGGUCAAUACUGUUCUUGCAUUGCCAUUAUGCCAUGUCUUCAGUCCUUGAUUUUUCAGUCUUGUCCAAAGUUAAAGGCCCUGCCACACCAACUUCUUCAGAAUACUGCAAUACAGGUGUUGAAUAUAACUUCUUGCCCUAUUCUUAAAGAACGUCUUCAGUCUUCAGAGGACUGGCCGCACAUCUCUUGCAUCAUCAAUAUAUGAAAAGAGACGGGCAUUGAACUCCUGGCUUACAAAGCACUGCAAAAAGCUAGUUAUCCUUUCUCUCUCUUUCUUUUGGUAUAUUUUAUAGGAGCAGCUCGAUUAAUUGCAUUCCUUCUUUCAUGUAAGGGUAAGUAAGAUAUAUGAUGCAUGACAGAAUCCGUGCUUUUUGAAUUUUCGGUAAAUUUUUUAAAUUUGAUCCUGAGAAUUAGCUUCAUUGCACUUAUUAAAUGUUUAAAUUUGAUUGACUUGCCGAUACAGUUACUUAUGACUAGGUUAAUUAAAAGGAAUCUAUCAUAUCAAACCAAAUUCUUGGGAAUCUUGAUUGGUAUGACCUCAUCAAGUCAGCCUUAUCUUUGUUUUUUUUCUUUUCUUUGGUAGAAUGACCAAUCUUGAUGGCCUCUUUCAAUUUGCAGAAGAUUUUGGGCAUAGGGAAUGCAAAAAUGUUUGAAAUCAUAAGUAAACUGCAUUUUUUGAAGUUGGUUAAUUCUGCAUUCUCAAAGAAUUGAUGCUAAUUGAUGGAUACUGAAAACUAAGCAACUUGAGAGACAUGAAAUUCCAUCUGGAGAAGCCAACAUUGUAAUCCACAUCAAGUCAUUAAAGAAUGACCAUGAUUCUAAUUAGUCAAUGAUUAAGGAUGUAUGGAAGGUGGACUAUAUAGUUGACCCAUUUUCAAUUGUUAGUAGCUUAAGGUUUGAAUUUCCAUGGUCUUCUAUUCAAAUUUUCAAAUGCUUGAACCCAUACUUAGCUAAUUAUUUGGUAUAGGUAUUGGAAUUCCAAUUCUUCUUCCUCAAGUAUUUCAUGGUAAGGAAAGGUGAUGUGACAACAAGGAGAAAAGAAGGCAAGCCUCCACAAUUAUUUCUUGGUAAGGAAAGGCACCGUGUUCUUUUUCCUAAAUGUUCUGCCUAUCUGCUUGAAAGAAGAAGAGGAUUAGGGGUGAGUCCAAUGGCUUCAUGCUGGAGCUAUGGUGAGUGAAGGAAGGUUUACCUCUUGCUAAAUCUCUCAACAUUUUAUUUUGAUUAUUGAAAUGGAUGCUGCAAUUGUGUGGUGCAGUUUUUGAAACAAGGUAUGAAUCGCCUCAUGUUGGUAUAAUCUUCUCGAAAACUGUCUUCUGCUCAUGCAAGUAAAUUGGAUCAUGAAGAUAUGGAACAUCCUGUGGAAGGGAAACAGAGGUGCCAAUUUGUUGGCUUGAUGUGCUCAAGUUGCUGGACCUGUUUUUACAAUUUUAAAAAUUCCACUGCUUGAGUUCGGGGCUAUUUUAAAUGUCAAAUAUGGCCGGUCCAGCUAUAAUGCAACUUUGAAAUUGAGGCUUUUCCCAUUUCUUCUGUACAAAAAAAAAAAAAAGGUAGGAGAUGUUUGGGUGAGAAAAUAGGGUUGUGUUGUUUAUUUACAAAUUUCAUUGCUUUAUGGUUUCAUUUUCUAUAACAGCUUAUCCAAGAGCUCAAUGACUUACCAGGAUCUAUGCGCAGAACUGGAACCAAAAAGAUUAAAGGUGACAUUGUUACAAGCUUAUAACUUGAAGUAUCUAUGGUCUGGAUAUUGGAAUUUUCCACUUGAGUUCACCAGUCUUUAGUAUAAAGAUUUCAUAUUUGUUCAAAGAUAAUGUUGCUGAUCUUUCCAUGGAUUUUUAAUGUGUACAGAAACAAAGGAAAUGCAAGCCCCGAUGGCCAUAGCAGCUCUAAGAAACAUGACCAGAAGAAAAAAAAGGUGACCAUAUUACUUGAAGAAAUUCAAAGUGGAUGCCAGGCCAAAUUCCAAUGCAAGCCAUUCAAAAUACUCCAAGUGGACAGCUUAAACUUCCAUAUAAUUGGUGGGGACAAUGGUCUAUGGUGGUCGGAAGAAUUCUUAUUUCACUUUGUAUGGCGGUAGUGAUGCCUUUGAUACUUACUACUACUCAGUUCCUGACCUUUACCCCUCUUCUUACUUUCCACUAUUUUUCUAUUUUUUUUGCUCUUUAGAGGGGCAGGGAAUUCGAACGUCUAAUCUUUUUUGCCAACUGACCAAAAGGACUAUUUAUGCAGGUUUUGUGGAUUUUCCCUGAAUAUGUGACUGGGAAUAGCAAUAAUGAGAUGCAAUAGCAAUAAUGAUCCAAGUUGGUGUGUCUCUAUCACCAUUGUCGUCACUAAUACAAACUUCUGCAGAGCCUGCCUAACAGCUUUGAUUUAAGAGCUUACUAAUUGAGAUCUCUGCACGGAAUUGAAGCCAAAAAGAUUAAAG